AUUUAAAAAAAGUCCCAAGCAAUAUAUCUCCAGACACGGUUAAGCUUGACAUUUCCAGUAACAAAAUCACUUUACUACGACCCAAGGAGUUUGAAGAAAUAGAUGACUUGAGGGUGUUAAAUCUCAGUAGCAACGGACUAAUUCAUAUAGACCCAGCUGCUUUUGCAGGGCUCAUCAAUCUGGAAGAACUAGACCUAUCAAGCAAUUCUCUGCAAAAUAUUGAAUAUGGAGUCUUGGAACAUUUGUACUUUUUGAAAAUACUGCGGCUUAAAGAAAACCCUUGGCGAUGCGACUACAACAUCCAUUAUCUUUUCUACUGGCUGAAGCACCAUUACAACGUUCACUAUAAUGGCUUAGAAUGCCAAAAACCUGGAGAAUAUAAAGGAUGGUCUGUUAGGAAGUAUGUCAGGAGCUAUUUUGAAGAGUGCCCCAAAGACAGGCUACCUAUUUAUCCAGAUGUGUUUGAGGAUAAUGAAAUAGAAGAAACCGCUCUAAAACACUCGGUAAUUGUCAGAGUAAUCGAUUGA